ACUUCUCUAAAGCACCACGUUGAUUCUGCUUCCAGCAAUGAUUUGCUUGGUGUGAAAACAGUUGAAUGAACAGCAAUUUAUGGCAGUUGCAGUCCAAUAAAAGUCAAUACAAGCACAGUGGACUGCAUAAUGAAAGUUCAAACUGUGGGAGUGGAAAAUAGAUCCAAGCCAUGUGUGGGCAAUUAACAAAAGAGUCAGCUAAGCAUCUAGAUUCAAAACACGGGGCACUGCACACUCUUUGGUGGGAGAGAGCUCCCAGCAAAGUUAAAAACACUAUUAGAGUUAACCAGCAGCAUAGUGUGGAAUACAAGUUGUUAAACACUUUUGCAGAUCCUGUUUAGUCUGCUUUAUAGGUCUUGCCCCCGCUCUCUACCCCUCUAGCAAAGCACAGGCCACACACUGUUGAGUAAGUUUUAAGAGUUUUACUUACUAAAUCAAAAGCUCUUGUUCAUGCGUUAUUCCAUGCAGCAACAUGGAGAACACAGGUAGAUUAUUAUUGGGUGUGAAAUACACAAUAUAGUUCAACUAUGCAGUCUGAAUCAUUGUAUCAUAAAUUGUAGAGUUGGAAGGGGCUCCAAGGGUCAGCUAGUCCAACCUCCUGAACUCCACCUGCUCUGUGCCUGUGUGAUCAGGGUCCUCACAUUUUGGAGAGUCUAUUCAGAGCUACCGGUAUGUCCAAAUGUGUGGCAGUUAAGAGUAAAAGCACCUGGAAGCACCCUUAGGCUAAGUCAGGGGUCAGCAAACUUUUUCAGCAGGGGGCCGGUCCACUGUCCCUCAGACCUUGUGGAGGGCCAGACGAUAUUUUGAAAAAAAAUAAAUGAACGAAUUCCUAUGCCCCACAAAUAACCCAGAGAUGCAUUUUAAAUAAAAGCACACAUUCUACUCAUGUAAAACCAUGCUGAUUCCCAGACUGUCCGUGGGCUGGACUGUAAAGGUGAUUGGGCUGGAUCCGGCCCCCGGGCCUUAGUUUGCCUACCCAUGGGCUAAGUGUUUUCAGGAUAAAGUCCCUUCUAUGAUUGGAUUGAAGACUUACCGUAUAUACAAACUUGCAACAUAUGAACAACUUGCAUAUAAAUGCAUACUUGCCAUGGACAAAAUCACUGAUAUAUGGAAUCCAUUCAUACAAAUACUGUAAUAGGUUAAGAUCUGGUGAAGUACAAUAACAACCUUGUAAAAUACACAGUUUUGGUUUUCCCUUCCCUCCUUUAUUUCCCCUUCUACACGGGUUCUGUUUCUCUUUCUCUUUUUCUCUGUUUUAUUUACCUCUCACCAUGUUUAGUGCCCAUAUAAUUAUGUGCUUUUUGCACUUUCAAUAAGGAUUUUUUAUAUAUAUAAAAAGACAGGAUAAAGUCCCAGCGAGUCAAGCUGCAUUGUCUCCAGCUGAGGCUCAUUGCUCUUAUUCCUUCUCUACAGCUGCCAGGGGAGGCAAGACUGCUUGGAACUUAAGGCAGCUGUGAAGGGGCUGGGUCUGCAGCAUUUAAAGCCUUCCUCUCCUGCCCUGGUCCUCUUUGGGGCACAGUGGGUGGUGGUUUAAUUUUGCAGUCAGAAUGGGGCUGUUAGCUUCUGUUAGCGGUGUGCUGUUGUGUGUAGUAAUUGGUGUGGUGGACAUCGCAGGCCCUUGGGAGUUGUCUGGGGAUGAUCUAGUUUGGAGAUCUCCUUCCAGGACUGUCCCUCCAGUGGGACAGCCUCGUGGCUCAGUCUUGUCUCAGUCUUCACCAUGGGCUUGGAUGGACGUUCCCCAGCUGAGGGCUUUAUCCCUCCUGACUCCCGUGACUGUGCAUUGCAUGGAGGCUCAGGUAGUCGUAACUGUGAACAGGGACCUGUUUGGGAUGGGGAGGCUCAUCCAAGCUUCGGACCUGAUCCUGGGCUCUCUUGGUUGCCCAUACACCUCCCUCGACAAUGCAGAGAAUUUGGUGGUCUUUGAAGCUGGGCUCCAUGAGUGUGGCAGCAUCUUACAGAUGACUCCAGACUCUCUUGUCUAUAGCAUAAGCCUCUACUAUAGUCCUAAUCCUGGAAGUAACUCUCAAAUCAUCAGGACCAGCCCAGCUGAAGUUCCUAUUGAAUGUCACUAUCCAAGGAAAGACAACGUGAGCAGCAAGUCCAUCAGGCCAACGUGGAUUCCUUUCAGCUCUACCAUUUCUGCAGAAGCCAGGUUGGCCUUCUCAUUGCGUCUGAUGAACGAUGACUGGAGUGCGGAGAGAACCAUUAACAGGUAUCAGUUGGGAGAUGCCAUGCACAUCCAGGCUGAUGUCAAUACUGAGAACCACGUGGUUCUGAAGCUCUUCAUUGACAACUGUGUGGCCACGCUGAGCCCAGACAGAGACUCUUCUCCCAGAUAUGCUAUAAUUGACUUCAAUGGAUGCCUGGUUGAUGGGAGAUCAGGUGACUCCAGUUCAGCCUUUGUGUCCCCAAGACACAGACAAGAUUCUCUCCAGUUCACAGUUGAUGCCUUCCAGUUUGCAGGAGAUAAUGGAGGCUUGGUCUACAUUACUUGCCAUUUGAAAGUCACAGCAGCUGAUCAGCCUCUUGGUCCUCUGAACAAGGCUUGCUCUUUCAACAAAGCACGGAACAGCUGGACUCCCAUUGAAGGUGCUGCAGACAUCUGCAGCUGCUGUGAGAGGAGGAACUGUAUGCCACCUGGAGGCCGGUCUGGAAGGAUGGAUCCCUUGUGGAGAGAGACGAGAGGACGCUUCCAGAGAGAUGCUCCUGUUAUUGUGCAUGGUGACUCUUCGGUGGGAAGAGCAGAGGCUGACGUGGUGAUAGGACCGGUUGUCCUGGGUGUCCCAAAGAGUUUGAGGCAUCUUCCUGAAAACCAAAGAACCAUGGGGGCAAUGGAAGAAGGUACCCAUGAGAUGUCUCUGUUGACAAUGGCAGGACUGUCCAUAGCAACUGCCUUCCUAGCUUUGACAUUGGGGAUUCUGGGAUAUCUCGUUGCCUGCAAGAAAAAUAGCCACUCUAAUUCUACUCCAAUCUCAGAGCUUUCUGGAAAAGCUGUGUAAAAUAAAAUAAAAAUAAAAAUGGGUGAACUUGACUGUGACUUGCAGUCUUCUUCUGUAAUG